AAAAAUGGCAUAUACGACGGAAAAUGUUAACUCCUGCAUUUCACUUCAAUAUCCUUAAACAUUACUUUAUUAAUUUAAUUGAGGAAUCACAAAAUCUCGUCGAAUCUCUUAAAAAGGAAGCAGAUGGAAAUCCUAUUGUUAAAGAUUUACGAACAUUUAUCAGCAAGUACACUCUCAACGCAAUAUGCCAAACAGCUUUGGGUACCCAAUUGACAGGAAAUAGCGAGCAGGAAACUAAAUAUCGUAAUGUUGUUCAUGUUUAUGGCAGAACUGCUGCAUAUAGAUUUACGAGACCUUGGUGCUAUUACGAUACUAUAUUUAUGCUUACAUCACAUGGUAGACUACAAAACGAAGCGUUGAAAACGUUGCACAGUUUUUCGAGAAAUAUUAUAGCGGAGAGGAAACGUUUUCAUAAAGAAACUAAUGGAAAAUAUUUGCAAAUCAAUGAGAAUAUUGAGAAGGAUGACGUUUCUAAUAAGAAUCCGGAGAAGAACGAUGAGUAUAUGCCGUACAAGAGAAGACUUUCUUUGUUAGAUCUGCUCAUAGCCGCAUCUUGGAAUAAUAAUCAAAUAGAUGAGGAAGGAAUUCGUGAAGAAGUUGAUACUUUCACGUUUGGAGGUCACGACGGUACUGCAAGUGCACUGACUUUUGCUUUGAGUCUUUUUGCUAAGCACAAAGAUGUUCAGGAAAAUAUAAGAGACGAGAUAAAAUCGAUUAUGAGUGAUGAUAAUAAUUUGACGACCUCGUCGUUUCAAAAACUUUCGUAUUUGGAGAGAUGUUUAAAAGAAACGCUUCGUUUGUAUCCAACCGCUCAUGUAAUUUCUCGGCAAAUUUCUCAUGAUUUGCAGCUAAAACAUUAUUUAAUUCCAUCUGGUACGAUGUUGGSAGUUAACRUUUACAGCGUGCACAGACGUUCAGAAUAUUGGCCAAAUCCAAAUGUUUUUGAUCCGGACAGAUUUUUGCCGGAAAAUAUUAAAGGACGUCAUCCCUAUGUCUACAUACCAUUUAGUGCAGGACCGAGAAACUGUAUUGGUCAGAAGUUGGCAAUGCUCGAGCUUAAAGUCUUCGUAGCU